CGCACUGCAUGGCGCGAAGCUAACAGAGGGUGACGCUGUUUACCCUGCGUUGGCCACGCAGCAGCUCACCUUUUCCACCGUGCUAACUUUCUCGGAGUUCGUUAUGUUCCCAGAACUCAAUCAUCUUCUCAACACCACUCCUGACAAAGCAGAGCAGGGGAAACUGACUCUCCUCUGUGAUGCCAAGACAGAUGGCAGUUUCCUUGUGCACCACUUUCUCUCUUUCUACCUCAAAGCUAACUGCAAAGUCUGCUUUGUGGCACUUGUCCAGUCCUUCAGUCACUACGGCAUCGUGGGACAGAAGCUGGGAGUCAGCCUGACUGCGGCUCGGGAGCGCGGGCAGCUCGUGUUCCUCGAGGCUCUCAAGACCUCUGUGGACAUCUUCUUCCAGCCCCCAGUGGAGCCUCACCCCCUGCAGUUUCUCAGGGAAGCCAGUGCAGGGAACCUGCAGCCGCUUUUUGAGUUCGUGCGGGAGGCUCUGAAGCCUGAGGACGGCGGGGAGGCGAAGUGGAGGCACCCGGUGCUGCUGGUAGACGACCUCAGCGUGCUGCUGAGCCUGGGCGUGGGGGCUGUGGCUGUGCUGGAUUUCAUCCACUACUGCAGGGCCACUGUGUGCACAGAGCUGAAGGGAAACGUGGUGGCCCUUGUGCACGACAGUGGAGACAGUGAGGAUGAGGAAAACGACCUCCUGCUGAGUGGCCUCAGCCAUCAGAGCCACCUGAUCCUGCGGGCGGAGGGCCUGGCCACCGGCUUCUGCAGGGAUGUGCAUGGGCAGCUCAGGGUCCUCUGGAGGAGGCCGUCUUGGCCUGCAGCCCAACGGGAUCGAAGCCUCACCUACCAGUACAAGAUACAGGACAAGACCGUGUCCUUCUUUGCCAAAGGCUUGUCCCCUGCUGUUCUGUGAUCAGAUUUGGGGGCUACUGAGGCUGCGUUGGACUCUUAGUGGAUGUGGACAAUACAGGGCCAAGCAGGAAUGGGCCUGUGCCUGGGCAGUAGCACUGCAGACUGGCCUGCGGCUCCAUGGUGACCGGCGAAUGGUAACACGGCGGUUUGCAUGCUUUGUGCCCUGGCCUGUGCCCUGUGCCCAGGAAUUGGGGGAGUCUGGCCCCUGCCCCUGCUGAGAGGGCCCGGCUGGCACGGCCUCCUUAUGCUUGAGCCCCUGCCUCCAGGAACCAGAGCAGGAGUGCGUGCCAGGCAGGAGGUUGCCUGCUUCAGGGCCCCAGGGCGGCCUCUCAGGUGCCUGAGGCUGGAAUAAAGUGAGUGCCUGCCGGGGUCGUCUUGCUUCUUCUUCCUCUCCUUCCUCAGGUGCAGUGAGAAAGCAGGCCUGGGGGGCGGGGUGGAGGCCCCUUGGGGGUGAACCACACUUCCGGUUCUGUGGUGCGCAGCCCUGGCUGUCCAGGGCUUGGUGUGGGUCAGGUCAGCCUGUGUGGGAUACAGCCGUGUGGCCUUGGGGAUAGGCAGGGAGGCUUGUGCUGCCAGCCAGGGUGCGGCCUCAGUGACUGCAGGGGCUGAGCCCUGGUCCCGGCACCUGGAGUGGACCUCUGGUUCCUCUGUGAACCUCAGUCACCACCACUGUGGGUGAUUUAAAACAGGUGCUUUGUUUCUGUGUGUAAUUAUGUCACAAUGAGGUAUAUCUUAAAAAUAAAUACAGUGAAAGGAUAGCAUUACUUUGUGGUGUACUAAGGAACUUUUAUAUCUGUUGAUUUUAGAUUUUUUUUUGUUUUUUUUUUUUUUUUUGAGACAGAGUUUCACUGUGUGAUUCAGGCUGCCCUUGAACUCACUAGGUAGUCCGGCCUGGUCUCGUACUUACAGUGAUCCUCCUGUGUGCUGGGUUCUGGCUUGGGAGUGGUUUUUCUUUGAUUUUAAGAUAGGAUCUCACUAUAUGUCUGGCGCUGAACUCCUGGGUUCACAUAACCCUCCUUCCUCAGUGGCUGGGACUACAGAAAUGAGAAAAGUACCCCAGUGCUAGCUUCACUUCAAGAUCCUGUUUUUUUGGUUUUUUUUGUACUGGAGGUUGAGCCCUGUGUCUUUGCAGUGAGAUACACUUCCAGCCUUUUUAUUUAUUUUGAAACAUGGUCUUGCCUAGUUGCUGUGUUGUCCAGGAUGGGCUUGAAUUUGGGAUUCUCCUAUCUCAGCCUCCAGAGUGCUAAGAUUACAUGUGGGCACUACCAUGCCCAGCUUUUUUUUUUUUCCCCAGCCUUUACUGUGAAAUCCUUAAUCCUUUUUUUCUUUGUUAGGGUAGUCAAGGUCAAGUGAAACUUUGAGGAUAAUUAAAUUGUUAUUGGCCUUUAUGAUUAAUUUUUUAUUGUAUCAAUUAUCUUUUUCUGAAAUAUUUUCUUUUACUGAAAAAACAUUUCUAAUCAUAUAUACAAUAAAAGGCUUAUUUUCA